AUGUUGGGACCCCUAUCUUUCAAAAACAGCCUCUGCGAUCUAGGAUCAUCUGUCAGCCUCAUGCCUUUGUCUGUAGCAAAGAGACUGGGAUAUCACAAGUACCAAGCCUGCGGAAUCUCACUAGUCUUGGCAGAUAGAUCGAUAAGGUUACCAACUGGGAUGCUUGAAGACCUGCCUUUGAGGAUAGGGAAUGUAGAAAUCCCCACCGACUUCAUUGUGCUUGAGAUGGAUGAGGAACCAACAGAUCCAUUGAUUCUAGGAAGGCCAUUCCUAGCUACAGCAAGAGCAAUGAUAGAUGCCAGUUUGCGAAGUCAUGGCAGUGAGCUCGAUCAAGAACUCGAUCGAGUCGAGUCGAACAAACAACUCGAUCGAGCUGGGACUGAAUGCAAGGAGCAAGCUCAAGGAGAUUGGUCUGAGCUUAAGGCGCCUAAAGUCGACCUCAAACCUUUGCCUGAGGGCCUCAGGUAUGCAUUUCUGGGUGAAAACUCAACUUACCCUGUCAUUGUGAACUCUGAUUUGGAACCUGAACAGUUGAGUGCUUUGCUUGUUGAAUUGAGGAAGUACAGAAAGGCAAUAGGUUACACUCUAGAUGAUAUCAAGGGGAUCUCCCCUGACCUAUGCAUCCAUAGGAUUCAUCUAGAGGAUGAAAGUAAGUCAAGCAUUGAACCUCAGAGAAGGUUGAACCCCAAUCUAAAGGAAGUAGUGAAGAAAGAGAUACUCAAGUUGCUUGAUGCUGGGAUAAUCUAUCCCAUCAGUGAUAGCACUUGGAUAUCUCCAGUUCAUUGCGUCCCAAAGAAAGGGGGGAUCACUGUCAUAAAAAUGACAAAGAGGAGCUGA